CUCGUUAUUUGCGGAUCGCGGAGUGUUUGCUGUAGAUUGCAAAACAUUUUUUGAUAAAUUCGUAUUAAAUUUCGAUUAAAUGCCUUCGCAAAACUAGUUAAACUUGUUCAGCAACAAGUGCAUCAUAUUGUUAAGAAAGAAAUGUGAAGUGAAGUGUACGAUUUGUUGGAAAAAAUUGAUCUGAAAAUUCGCCGGAAUCCGACAUGAAAAUUUUGCAACCAGCCUGGGUUCAUCACGAUGAAAAGGCAAUAUUUUCCAUCGAUAUCCAUCCUGGUGGCGAAAAAUUUGCCACAGGUGGGCAGGGAAAUGAUUCCGGCCGGGUCGUGAUCUGGAACUUGGUACCGGUGAUCAGCGAGGAAGCUGAGAAAAAUAAGAAUGUUCCGCGGAUGCUCUGUCAGAUGGACAACCACCUGGCGUGCGUGAACUGUGUUCGAUGGAGUGGCAGCGGAACCAUGUUGGCAUCCUGCGCGGACGAUAAAUUGAUAAUGAUCUGGAAGAAGAGUGCCGGUGGAGGGAGCUCAUUCGGAUCCGCCAAGACGGUGGAGCAUUGGAGGUGUAUUGCCACACUCCGGGGUCACUCGGGGGAUGUUCUCGAUUUGGCGUGGUCCCCGCAGGAUCAAUACAUUGCCAGUAGCAGCGUUGACAAUACCGUCAUCAUUUGGGACGCGAAGGAAUUUCCGUCGAUUGUACAGGUGAUGAAGGGUCACACUGGGUUAGUGAAAGGAGUUGCGUGGGAUCCGGUUGGAAAGUUUGUUGCUUCGCAGAGCGAUGACAAAACUUUGAAAAUUUGGAAGACAUCGAAUUUUACAUUAUUUAAGACGGUAACGGAGCCGUUCGAAGAAUGCGGAGGAACAACGCAUAUUCUGCGAUUGUCUUGGUCCCCCGAUGGCCAGUAUUUGGUAUCGGCUCACGCCAUGAACGGAGGAGGUCCUACAGCACAAAUCAUCGAGAGAGAUGGUUGGAAGUGCGACAAAGAUUUCGUAGGUCAUCGGAAAGCGGUCACCUGUGUGAGGUUCCACAACGCAAUUCUACAAAGAAUGGCCCCGAAGACUAAUAAAUCUCAGCAGUAUUGUUGUUUGGCCGUUGGAUCUAGGGACAAGAGUUUGUCCGUUUGGUUGACAGCUCUACAACGUCCUCUUGUGGUUAUUCAUGAUCUCUUUCAAGAUUCGAUCCUGGAUUUAAGCUGGAGUCACAAUGGAUACAUUCUUCUGGCUUGUAGCGGAGACGGCCACGUGGCAUGUCUACAGUUCAGUGCCGAAGAGUUGGGGACACCUUUAUCCGAUGAUGAUCGGAAUAGUUUGUACCAUCGAAUGUACGGCAAGAACAUCACGUUGGAUAUGAAUGGUCAAACUGGAAAAGAUUCUCUAAUUGAGAAUGCCGAGCUGCUGAGUGCAUCUCAAAGCAAGUUGACUGCCCCGACAUUGAUACCUCAGCUACCGCAAAGUACACCACCGCAAGCUGCCCCUAAAAUAAGCUCAAUCGCUCUGCCCUCGUCGUCACCGGUGGGAAUUCAAUCGUCUGCUAGUCAAGACAGCCAACGGCCAAUUCUGAAGCAAAUCGAAACCAAGACAGCUGAUGGCAAACGACGGAUUACGCCCAUGUUCAUACCUCUGAACGAUGAAGCGGAUGUGCCGACCUCCGGAAGUGGCCAAUUUUCCAGUAGCACUGCCAGUAAAAGCAGCAUCGUGACCGUCGAAAAAGUGCCCGAAUCUGUAACGUCUAUCUCUGUCGCCACAAACGGAAUAGGCAUUAAUUUCGAAAACCUGGCGGCCCAGACUGCCAAGCUGGACAGUCGAUUGAAGAAAGUGAGUAAACAAGAUCCGCCACCUGGCCGUGCUGUACUGCCAUCAGAUCCUGCGACCACAAUCGCUUUGCAUAGUCCGGAGAAGCUUUCCGUGACCAUUCAGCCAGUUUUGUCCGGGAAAGCGUCCCCGGUACAAGGGGCGGGUAUCAAAGCCAUAGGAGAUUAUCGAAUACAGGUUACGAACGGAGCCGUGAAAACGGGCUACGGUCCGUUGGGGAAAGUGUUGGUCAACUUGAUGAGUCUUCCCCGAGCAGACAAAAAACUAUGGGAAACGGUGAUCGGAUCGCCGGUAUGCAGUUUUGCAGUAGCGAAGAGAUUCGUGCUGCUGUGCAGCAUGGAUGGCAGCAUAAGGUUUCUGGACAUUCAGAACGGAUCUCCGAUACUGCCGGUUAUGAGUUUGACCAGCCCGGUGAUUCAUAGUACGUUUAGUGCUGAUUGUCGAUUAGGCGCAGUUUUAACAGAGAAUUGUACGUUACGUGUAUGGGAUCUGAACGAGCAAAGUAUCUUCCUCAGUAGUAGUUGCCUGGACAUUAUGGGAACAAGCUAUGCGACGCUUCUACACGUCUCAGAUCAGGGGAUUCCGUUUGUCAUCUUGUCCAAUGGUGCAUCAUUUUCAUACAGCAAAAAGUUGGAAAGCUGGCUAAUAACCAACUCCGCAGAUCCCAUAAUGCGCCAUGGUCUAAUGACAACCAAAGUGGGGUCCAUUGUACGCAACUUGAAGACAUUCCCAUUAGCCACGGUUCAAUCGUUCUCUAAUUUCCAACCGGUCAAUUCCAGAUCUUUCAUGGAAAAUUCGAAUACAACCUGGCAGAACGAGGCAAUUCUCUCGUUUGUGGAGAACCAGAUCAAAAUUGCCGAAACUAUCCAAUCAUCAACGGAAGUGAAACACUGGUACCUAAUGUUGGGCUUCCAGCUGGCCCAGCACGGCACGGAAGAAAAGAUUCGACAGGUGCUGGAUAACCUACUUGGGUCUCCUUUCCGAUCCGCUUCGACUAGUGCUUCCGAGUCUUCUAUUCUGGGUAUCUCCAAGCACGCACUGCUGGAGGAAAUUCUUCUGCAGCUCAAAACGCAACCCAAAUGGCAGCGAAUAUAUAUGGAGUAUGCGGAUCAACUCAAGCGGAACAGCGGCUCGAAAGGUCCACUGCCGCAGCAGUGCAGCAUUGACGAGGAGAUGCGUCCGAUCGGGGAGGCGCCGGUCGAAAAGCUACAGCCUCUGGAUUUACACCAUCUAAACGAGACGGAAUAACGAAAUGAUUCCCAGGAACGUACAUCAUGUGUCUAGUAGAGUGCACCGACGGGUAAUUCCAUCCUUUUUCUAAAUUUUGCACUGUUUGUUAGAAAAGCAACUAUUUUAUUUUCGCUUAUCAUCAAUAUAUUAUCAUGUUUGUUGAAUUUAUGUGAAUUAUUUGGAUUAUUCAAAUGGUUUCAAACGAUGAAAGGAUUACGUAAAGUGUAAUUUUUUAUAUUAAAAAUAAUAAUAAAUUGGAUAACGGGGUU